AAAAAUGAUGGUAAACGUCAGAGUGUGUCAGUUUUAAAAGUGGCCUCAAAUACAUUUGGUCAAAAUCCAUUUUUUCCACAAGCUCUUGCUCGUUUUUAUUAUAUAGAACUAAAAGACUACAAUCAGGCAGAAAUGUGGGCACAGAGAGCAAUAGAAAGAGAUCCUCAAAACUCUUUUGUUGCUGACACACUUGGCCAAGUCCAUAAAAACCACCUAAUGAACAAUGAGGUUUCUGAACCAAGAGACAUUUUGAGACUGGCCAAAAAAGCCAUUAAAGCUUUUGAAGAUGAAGAAAAACUUGCUGAAGAUGAAGAUGGACCAGACAUGAAAAAACAUGGCAAUAUAAAAGUUUCACCUUUUUAUAACUUCAGAGGGCAGUUUGGUUACCUGCAGGUCUGCAAAACUCUGUAUGACAAACUUGUCAGUCAAAAUGAAACCUGGGAAAAGUUCUCACCAAAAAAGUAUCGAUGGGUUCUGUCCUCGAAUCACUUGGAGACAACAAACUCCAAAGAUUCAAUGAUCUCAUAUUAAGCCUGCAAGAUGACAUUGAGAGAAAAUGCAUGUUUUUGGAAAAAUUUCAGACUUACUCAAAGCCUAAAAUGGAGAAAGAUGAUCCUGAAUAUAUAUCUAAAGACACCUCAGAGUGCUACCAGAAGUAUGUUGGAGACACAACUGCAAAACAACUCAUCCAGAUGUUUCAGGAGGGAAACCUAGAUGACCAGUCUGUGGAAGUGCUGUCAUUUCUUGUCAAACAAUACACUCAAUCAGAGCUCGAAGACAUAUCUACAAAGUGUAGAGAAAUGUGUCCAAGUGCAGAUUCAGAGACAACUCUAGUCAACAACAUCCUCACACUAUUUAUAGGGAAAAUGCCAUCGAGCAAGAAAGACCCACCUGAGCUGCACAUGUUCUCCCUCCUCUGGUACUGGGCUGGAAAUCAAGGCCGGUGUGAUUAUGACCUCAGUGAGUUAACUCAGCAAAUGUACAAGUCUUAUGAAAAUACAUAUAAGAAGUACUUUCGAAACAGAUACCUCCUUCCUGUGUUUUUCAUUGGGAAAGGUGAAGGUGUGAAGAGAAUUGUUCACAGAAAUGUUAUUGAGAAACAUCUGAAAGUGAUUGAAGCAGAUUGGAGCGACAACUGGAAGAAAGAAGAAAUCUUCAGAAAUCCUGAUGUUCAAGAGCUCCUUCUCAGACUUGAUGGAGAAGUAAGAAACUACAAAGUGUAUACAAGAGUUGGUGGCAAAGAGAUUGAGAUGGAUGCCAAUGUGAGAAACAAAAUUUGGAAACCACGCUCAGUUACCUUUUACCUUGGAUUCACCAUCAGAGGUCCCGUGGCCUUUGACAUUCAGCGCAAAACUGCAGACACAGAUCACAGUGUCAUGGAUCUCAGUGGAACAGCCCUGACCAACGAUGUGAAAGACACCAUAGAUAAUGAGGGACAUUAAAGUUUGUGCUCAGUUUCCCCAUGGGAAGGUGAUUCUGAGACUUUUCUUUGUGUUUAUGUGUUUACAUGUAGGGGCAAAAACGAAAGGAAAGGGCUCUGUAAUGUUUAAAACCAAUGCAAAAGAAGUAUGUGUCAUGGUCAUUUUUCCUGCUGCCGCAGUUUUAGUCAUAAAUAUAUUAUUUCUGCUAACACCUUAGAUUAAACAACAGACAUUCUGAUUCAUAGAAAAAGUUGAGUUCCUAAAACGUUUUUGCCAAGUGUCUAUUUAAUACUUUGUUCGUGGAUUUGUCACAUCUAUGUAAGCUUUUAUGUAGUGAAGUUUACAAACUUUGUGAAGAAACGUCUCAAAUGAUUUUUUUACAUUGUUGUUUAAUUGUUUUAAUUGGAAGUUUUAAAAACAUGAUAUUACAGAAUUGUUUUGUCAUUUAUAACAUGACACGAGUGAAGCAUAACCAAUGAAACUGUUUGACAUAUUUUAGUUGCUGCUUGAUGUAUUGUACUGUUUUGAUUUUUUUUUCUAAAACAGUAGAUUUUUGAGAUAUAAGUUUAUUUGUUGUUUUAUUUGUGCAUUAAAAUGCAGUUCCGUGUAUGUGCUAUUACCUUCAUGGAUUUAUUAUGGAUUUAUGCAAUUUUAAAAAUAGAAAAUAGGGUUUCUUUGUUCUCAUUGUGUUGCAUUGUGUUGUGGGUUUUUUUUCACAUUUUUAAUCAGACCUUUGUAGUUUUAUCUUUGUUUAAAUUAAGAUGAGUAUUGCUGAAUUUAUCAUUACUCAGUAGGUAAUGUUUUGUUUCUGCAGCACAGAAUCCAUUUGGAAAUUUGCAUACUCAAAUUUGAUUAUGUGAAUCAAUAUUAAAGUUACAUACAUAGCCACCUUUGUAUAAUAAUAUUGUUUUGCAUUAAUUUCAAAUGUGUUUACUGGCUGUUAGUGAAUUGCCAACUAUCUCUCAAUUUAUUUGUCAAAAAACUAAAAAAGAAAGACAUAAAUUCUGCAUUAAAUAUCAGAAAAACCUAA